UGAUAAUUGAACAACAAUAAGCUGCAUCAAUUACACUUAAUUGAAAGCUUUUUGAGGAUUUUCUUAACGCUGCCCGGGCAAGGUGAUACGGGGAACGGUUCCCGAACCGACAAGUGAGAGUAUUGGAUGUGUAGCGAUGAUUUUACAGUAAAUAAUAGGUUACAAACACAUUAGAAAUGGAGGAAAACCAUGGGUAUGAAGUCCUUCCUUUUGACUGUGAAAGUAAGGUGAAUACACCAAAUACGAGUGAUGACGCUAAGCAAUUCAGGUGCGGAAUAUGUUUCUUUGAUUUUAUGGAUAGCCAGCAUUUAUUGAACCACAUGAAAAUACACACUGGAGAGAAGUUAUUUAUGUGCUUAACAUGUGGUUCUGGUUUUUCUCAAAAAUGUAAUUUGCAAUACCACAUGCGAACGCACACAGGUGAGAAACCAUUUAAGUGUGAGACCUGCGGUGGGGCUUUUGCACAUGGAUCUGAUUUACGUAAACACCUGAGAAUACACACAGGAGAGAAGCCAUUCAAGUGUUUGUUAUGUGGUGUUGCUUUUACUCAGGCGUCUAAUUUAAAAGGUCACAUGAGAAUACACACUGGAGAGAAGCCUCAUCAGUGUGAAACUUGCGGCGCAGCUUUUGCACAUAAAAGUCAUUUACUGCGACACAUGGUAGUACACACUGGAGAGAAACCAUACAAGUGUGAGAUAUGUGGCACAGCUUUUUCCCGAAGAAACUAUGUAGUGGGACACAUGAGAUUACACACGGGAGAAAAACCAUACAAAUGCGAGACUUGUGAAACGGCUUUUGCCCAUAAGUUUCUUUUAAAGGCACACAUGAGGAUACACACAGGAGAAAAGCCAUACAAGUGCCAGAUCUGUGGCUUUGAAUUUUCUCAGAGUUCUCAUUUACGGGUUCACAUGAGGCUUCACACAGGGGAGAAGCCGUACAAGUGUGAGAAAUGUGGUGAAGCCUUCAUUCGGAAAGAUGUAUUAAAGAGACACCCGUGUCAACACACCAGUACUGGACAAGAGGCAAAAGAGAGUUUCAGAUUAGCUGCUUGUAACAUAACAUAUUUAUCAAAUUAAUUAUAGCAUAUAUUUAUUAUACAUGUACAAAUUCAAAUUUGCAUAAUUAGCGCCUGGUCGCCCCACAAAAAUGUUUUGGUGGAUGCCAUUGUUAUCACCCUGUUUGUUCGUCUUUCCGUCCACAUUUUUUAGAAAAAAACUUUAAAACUUCAAAACCAGUAAUGAUAUCAACCUUAAUCAAUUUGAUCACACUCUUUCAUGACAAUAUAUAUAACUCAUACAGGGUUCUCAAUCAGUUUGAGUUAAACCGUCUCAAAAUAGUAAAGUGACUGAUCAGUGUUUUCUGCUACUUCACUUAUUUCUCCAACUUUGAACUGGCCCAGUUGCAAUUUGAACUGACCGUUUUGGCUGGCAGCCGGUUCUUAUUGAGAACUUUAAUUUCAUUAAUGGCUCUUUGCAAAUUUAUUCAAUCUCAGCAAAUCAGUUUUAUUUCCAGCUCUUCUGAAAGGAAGAGAUGUGUGCUUGAGAGCAUCAACAUAAUAACAGUAAUAUGACUAUCUGUUUAUGUCAAGAACCAUAACUCUGUCAACUGUUGAAACAAAAUUGUCUCCCUUGGCAGUUUCUUUUCUGCCCUUUUAUAGGGGGCCACAUAUUGACUCUAUUCCCAAGGCUGUCUGGUCCAAACACAAAACAAAAACAAUUCUAUACUUGAAUACUAUGUUACUUUAUUUUUUUCGCUGACAAUAAAGGGUUAUAAACU